AUGCCACCGUCCAGCCGCAUUCCACCUCUGCUGCAACCAUACGCCGAGCUCCCUCGUGAGGAGUCACUCACUCUUGUCACAAGUACUCUCGGUGCCAGCGCGAACUGGCUGCUCAUACGAUUUCUGUGCGCUGCGCUGGGCACAGCGACAGCCCGUGGUGGCGGGGAAGAGGACCACAAUGUGGUGCUGGUUUCGUGGAUGAGACCGUACGAGUUCUGGAAGCAAGAGUCAAGGAAAAGUGCCGCGCUAGAUCUGGAGCGACUCAGGAAAGAGGGAAGAUUUGCCUUUGUCGACGGACUGGGCGCUGGGUCAGAUGCGACAAGCGAUGCAAGACAAGCAUCAGCCGCGCCAUCGAAUGGGAUACACGCGCAGAGAGGGCUGCAGACGCUGUCGGCACGAGGCCCGCCAGGGAGAAUAGUGCCUGCAAGAGGACCGCCUGCAUCACCACAAGCGACGACUACCACAGCGGAGACGACUGGCGCAAGCAGCAAUACCUCUGGUCACUACACGCUGAAGUCUCUUGAGCUUGACGAUGUAAAGGCAACCAUUUCCAGCGCCGUCUCGGCACUGACUACCGCUCCUGUCCAACGCAAGACGCUCCUCAUAUUCGACAAUCCAGACUUACUUCUCGCGCUCAACCCCUCCAUCACGCCUUCGCGAUUCACGUCCCUUGUUCUCACGCUCCAAACGAUACCAACUGUGUCGCAUAUUCUCACCCACAUACAAUCCGAUAACCCGCUCCUCAGCCUCUCAGCGCCGCCUCAACCCCUCGAGCUGGCGCAUCACAACCUACUAGUCAAGUGCGCGCACAUGAGCAGGAGGAUACUAGGGGUCAGGAUACUGGACACGGGAGUUGCAAGAGACGUGAGCGGUGUCAUACGGAUCACGGAGCAGAAGCACGAGUGGCUAGACUUGGGAUUUGGUGAUAAUGAGCCCAAAGAAGGCGGCGACAGCGGAAGAGGAAAAGAAUUUCUAUACCAGGUCAAAGGCGAUGGAAGCGUGAGAGUCUUUGAGCGAGGUGCUGGCGGAGAGGGCUGAGAGCAUGCUGAAGACCCGAUGGAUCCGGAUUCGGAAUUGUACUGACGCCACAUAUCGAAGCGCAAGGCAUGCUUUUCGUGCAAGCAUCCAACCAUGGUAGCAAGAAGAGAAUCGCGCCCCAAUGCAGAGGGCCGAAAGCAACAUGUUCCAUUGUUCCCAACACCUGCGCACAUGCAUGCUUGACCUUUUGUGUCUCU